UCAUUUUUCAGUUCAGAGGAUAUAUCGUCAGUACAAGCCAAAGGCAGUUUAAUGUAUUUUAUCUCCAGUUAUUUCCUUGACAUUCUUGCUGAAACUUAUUUCCGGGACUAUGACACAUUAGAAAGCUUUCCAGCAAUGUUUUGGGAAUAUUUCGACGCGGCUCGACGACUCGGAAAUUCAGCGGGCUUUACGAGCGAGUGAGAGACAUGGACAACUCUGUCACCCUGUGGCAGUUCCUUCUCCAGCUCUUAUUGGAUCCCAGCAAUGAGCAGCUGAUCUGCUGGACCAAUGAGGAAGGGGAGUUUAAACUGUUGCAGGCAGAGGAGGUGGCCCGGCUGUGGGGAGCACGCAAGAACAAGCCAAACAUGAACUAUGACAAACUCAGCAGGGCCCUCAGAUACUACUACGACAAGAACAUCAUAAAGAAGGUGAAUGGCCAGAAGUUUGUCUAUCGCUUUGUGUCCUAUCCUGACAUCCUGAAAGGAGAUGUUGCUACCCGAACAGAGGGCGGGGAUGUGGGUGCAGGGGGCAUCCUUCCCCUGUCAAAGAGGGGAGACGGCACCCUUCAAGAGAGUGAGUCUGGUGACCGUAGCAAGGUAGGAGGUAGCACAGCUGCUCUGGGCUCUAGCACCAAGCAAUCAAACCGCAAUGACUAUAUCCACUCUGGCCUGUACACCUCCUUCACCCUCAACUCACUACAAAAUGGACGCCAGCUCUUCAAGUCCAUCAAAAUAGAGAACCCUGCAGAGAAGAUGGCUGAUAAGAGAGCUCUCUCUACCACAGCCCAGAGCCAGGAGCAGUUGACUCAGCCACAGCAGCCAACUGGUUUGCCAUCUGUAAUCAAGUUUGGAAACACCCCUCCAAAGCCAGCACCACCUCCUCAGGUUGAUAUAGAGACGACACUGAUCUCCAACCACCUGGAUCCUCUACAAGCACCACCACAGAGGGCCGAAGACAUCAGCACACACUCCUUCCUGCCGUCCCAGUCCGUCUACUCAUUUGAACACAUCCGCCCUUCGGAAUCGGCGUUCAGCCUACAAGACAUGACCUCUGCAAACCCGUCCCCAAACCUAGUGCCUGAUUCUUCCCAGGAGUUGGUGAUUGACAGUGACAUGGAGUCUCGAUCAUCUCAGCCUGCAGACACUCAGGCGUCGGAACUCCCAGAUGCUCAGGCACAGGAGAAGGUGGACAGUGGCAUUGGUUGUUCAGGAGAUGAGACUUGCUUUGGGGAAGCUGAAACCAGUUCGUCCUCAGUUAGCAGCAGCACCACAAUCUGCACUCAGAGCUCAGGAAAGACACGCAAGCCACCGAAAGUCCUGCAGAUCAGCCCGCCAACACUGCUGGUCACCACCUCUGACUUCUCCCCCAUGAACCUGUGCAGCCCCUCCCUACCUACUGCCUCUCUCACACCAGCGAUGCUACAGACACCAACUCUGUUGCUGACUCCCAGCCCCCUGCUAUCCAACAUCCACUUCUGGAGCACGCUCAGUCCAGUCGCUCCCCUCAGCCCAGCCACACGACGCCAGGGAGGCCACCUCUUUCAGUUUCCGUCUGUCCUCACCCCUCAGUUCCAGAUUCCUGUACACAGUAUGGAUGGGACCAACACACCUGGCCCCAUUUCCCCAGACCCUCAGAAGACAUAGGAUUAACCUGUACUGCAUCACCAUAUUUUGAUACAGACAGCUCUCCCCACCCCUCUGGCUCCAUCUUCACCUCCCACAUCCAGGACAAUUAUGUGGGAGCACAGUUGUUGACAUUACACAUCACUCUGGUGCUUUAAGUUCACUGCCACACAAUUCACACUACAAUCAGAUGUAUGGAGGUGGAGUCUGAGAGAUGCUGGCAGUACACAUUUGACGGAUUAGGGUGAUACAUUCAGUUUUUCUUUGAGCACUUACAUUCUCUGGUUGCUCUCCUAUACUCAUACACACUGAUGCCAUUGUUGCUUAUGCACUUAUGGAUUAAUUGUGUCUGGCUUUUUGGGAUCCUCAGUCACAACAAUUCAAAGGAGGGAAGAGUUUCUAUGGCAACAGUUGGUGCAUGUGGAUUGGACCCUCAGCAGUGACAAUCUGCUUCAUACUUGGACACGGACCAGUGCGAUUGGGGAUAACAGAAUCUUUCCUUUUUACAGAUUUCCCUUAUUUUCUUGUGAGACAAGUUGCUGCCAAAAAAAACACGAGUUAGUUUCUAACAUGUCUACUUCUCUGCUGACAGUGAUUCUGUUCCUUUUUGUGCUCUGUCCUUAACCUUUACUCUUGGUGAAGAGUAGUGCUUUAACCUGAUAACCUGCAUGUUUACCUGCGACUCUUUUAUCUUUUACCCAGCUGUCAACCUCACCUCACCUGUCUGAGUGUGCACUGUUAGCUGCUCAAAAAUGCUGGCUCACUAUAGCCAUAUCCAACAGGACUUCUACCUUGACUGGCUUAUGGUGACGUGUUGCCAUAAUCUGAGCUGAACCUUGAAUCACGCCUCUACUUAACUGUUCAAAUGUGUAUAUACAGUAGAAUAACCCGGAAAGCCAAUGUGGUCUGAUCCGCUCCAGCUGGUAGGCUUUCAGGUGGAAAGGAAAUAAAGUAAAGCCAUAGCCCUUUCUGUGCAUCAACUUCGCAAGUAACAGCACAUAAAUUCUGUGUUGGUAACCACUCUGAUGUUGCCUUUUUAAAGGAACUUACCUGGUUGAAGGCAGCCAGCAUGUUAAGAAUGCUUAGUUUUUAGUGUUAGUGUCGAAUAGAAGUUGUAGGAAUAUUUAUUUUACUGAACAGUUCCAACAAAAUGUUUCAAUAUUUUCGGAAUUCGGAGUUUUGGGAAAUAUACUUAUUUGCAUUCUUGCCAAGAAUUCCAUAAGAAAUCUAAUACCACUCUCAUGUCUGUGAAGUAAAUAAUAAUAGACGGCAGCUGGUUAACUUAGCUUAGUAUGAAGAUUAAAAACAGUGAGAUACAGCCAGCCUGGCUCUGACCAAAGUUAAACACAAAUCAAGCACCCCUAAUGUUCACUUGAUUUGUUCUGUCUUGUAUGUUUAAUCGCCACUAAAAUCAAAACCUGACUAUUUCUUCAUCCAGUCUCCCCUGGGUCUCUGGGACUGCUCCAGGCUAAGAUAGUUCAAGCACACCCAUAAACCACAUGUAGAUCUUUUUGCACUUUUACGAAAUAUGACAUGUUAAUAAGUUAGCUUAAGUUAGGUUCUCUGACUAAGCAAGGCUAGCCCCCCAGUUAAGCUAACCGACUGUUUGCUCCAGCGACAUAUUUAGCAGACAGACAUAAAAUAGGUACCAAUCUUCUUAGUUUUCUUGAGCAAGUAAGCAGUGCAUUUCCUAAAUAUCACAAUAUUUCUUAAAGUGUAAGUUUAUCCAGCAAUUCAAAUCAAGUCAUUGUUUACUUACCAAUACUUGUUUACUUACUGUCUUGCCAAUGGAUAGUUGGGUAAAGUUUGGUGGUACACAAAACAUUUCUGGAGCUUGACAUCAAACAACAUUUCAACAACAGCAUUCUCCUAAACAAAUAGAUCCAUACAUCUCAUCUGGCAUAAUCUAAGUCCAAAUCUCAAUUGACCUAAAAUGGUGUUAUUCCAGUCUUGAUGUGCCGUCAAGCUUGUGUUCAGACUGGGUCCAUGCAUUUAGAUUAGCAGCAACAGCAUAGAUUUUGGCUGUAAACGUCUUUUAAAAUCAGUUUGGGAACUCAGUUAACAGUUAACCAACUGCUGGUCCCAGCUACAUAUUUAGCAUACAGACAUGAAGCUGGUACCAAUCGUUUUACCUGACUUUUAUCAAGUUGGCAUUUAAAUAAGUAAGCGUUUUUCCCAAAAUGUCAAAUUAUUUCUUGAAGUUAAAUUUAAAACUGUUCCUCAUGAAGCUUAAUCACACCAGGCCUUAACUCUGUGUUGAUAGUUCACAGGUCAGCUCUGUUUUCAUCGUUCCAGUUGACUGAGCUUAGAUCAUUUUUGCUUGCAGCGUCAUUGCAGCUAUUUUAUCUCCAACUCUUAGUGGCUAGACUUGUUACAGUCCAGCCUUAACCUUUGCCUAGCCUUAACCAUCUGAAAUAAUCCAGAGGAGUGUAGAAAACCCUCUGGAGAAUUGAAGCACCUUCCUUGCCCUAAAAACUCCUUCUCUAGAUGAUCAGCCAUGAAAGGUUCAAACCUAUUUUGUAAAUGACUUAGAAGCCAUAAGUCUGAAAUACAGACUCGAUAGGUAGAUCCCACAUCUAUAUGCUAUCAAAUGUGGAAAUUGUACAUCGCACUUGUUUACAUGAUACUUGGAUAGAACACGCUGAAGUGUUUCUUUACCGAAGUGUCCCUUUCUAACCCAGGGAUGGAUGACAAGCAAAUCUCGCUGGGGGGAACUCAUACUCAUUUUUGCUCAACUAACAGACAUUUGCCCCCUGCAGCCUGCAGUCCGUCACAUUGAUAUAUGGUGCCUUACCACAGCCAAGCCCAAGUUUAUCACCCAAAAGUGGAUGGAGCUCUAUCAUUAAAAUGUUAGUGUCUAUACUAACAGUAUAUGACAGCAUUAAUUUGUUUUUCUGCCAUAUCUUUGUGUAGACCAAACCAGAGCCCCAGAAGUUUGGCAUAAAACUUCACAGGGAUGUUUUGUGUGCAAGCACACUUGAGUUCAUGUGGACUGCCACAGGAUUUUAAAUGUGCUGUAGUGUUGUCCAGGAUGCAUAACUGUACAUACAGCCAGCAACAUGGGUUAAUAUGCAGAGCGUGUAAAUCUUAUCAAGCCAUGUUUUACAGUUUGCGGCCAUGUCUCUUUCUAACCUGCAGAUUAAUGUUUGUGAUAACAAAUGA